GGAGGCGGUUGGGCAGGGGAUGAACAGAGAGCAUAGAAAGCCAUCUUGAGGCAAGUGGAGAGUUGUUCUAGAGCUACAGCAGAAAGCAAGAGUGACCCCUGCCAGAUGGCAGCUCCCACAGACACUGUCUCCCACAGGCUGUUGCCUCAGCAACCCUUCACCUGCCCCACUUCUGCUCAGAUUGGCCAAGCAGCUCCCAGCUCUUUCCUAGUGUCUGAGGAGAAAUGUUGAGAUGAGGAGGAAGAGAAGUAGGCACAGCAGGUGCUGUUUCUUGGACUCUGCAGAGCCAGGCUGCUUUUGCAAGAGUUGUAGAUCAUUGUGCAACUUGCUGGUCUUCUCUGGACCUUGGAUUCCUGGACAUCAUGAAAUACAGACACUGAUGCUGCCAUUUUACUUACAAGGCUGAAGCGGGGUACCCAUGAGAUCCUGGGCUGAGGGUGUGCUUUGAACUCUAAGGUGUGUAUAGUCCUAUGAAAUUCAGUGGCAGGAGUCCAGAACCCAGGUGAGGGUGCAAUUGAGUGAGUCAAUAAGGAAGGAAAUUACCCUACUUCUUGAAGAGAGUUUUCAGGAACCUGGGGCUGAGAGUCAGGUUACAGAACAGGUAUAAGGAGCCAGUUCUCGCAGGAACUCUAAUUUGCCUGGACGUGCUGGAGCCCUAGAGGAAGCAACUAUAGCGCUGCAGACUCCAGCACUAUUCUGUGCAGAGCAGCAAGUGAGAGGAGACAAGCCAGCCUUGUAAGAGGACAUGCUUCUCCUCCCGCUCUCCAUGCUGCUCCUGCUCACACAGCCCUGGAGACCCCUGGGAGCAGAAAUGAAGAUCUAUUCCCAGAAAACAAUGGCCAACGCCUGUACCCUGGUUAUGUGUAGCCCCCUGGAGGGUGGCUUGCCUGGUCGUGAUGGACGAGAUGGGAGAGAAGGCCCCCGGGGGGAGAAGGGAGAUCCAGGUUCACCAGGACCUGCAGGACGAGCAGGAAUGCCUGGACCAGCUGGCCCCAUUGGGCCGAAAGGGGACAAUGGUUCUGCUGGAGAACCCGGACCAAAGGGAGACCCGGGACCACCUGGGCCUCCAGGCAUGCCUGGUCCAGCUGGGAGAGAGGGCCCCUCAGGGAAGCAGGGGAGCAUGGGACCUCCAGGCACACCAGGCCCCAAAGGAGAGACUGGGCCCAAAGGAGGAGUGGGUGCCCCAGGCAUGCAGGGCUCCCCAGGCCCUGCAGGUCUCAAAGGAGAGAGAGGUGCCCCUGGUGAGCCCGGAGCCCCUGGACGUGCUGGGGCGGCAGGGCCUGCUGGAGCCAUAGGUCCACAGGGGCCUUCAGGUGCCAGGGGCCCCCCAGGACUGAAGGGAGACAGAGGUACUCCUGGAGAAAGAGGAGCAAAGGGUGAGAGUGGGCUUGCAGAGGUCGAUGUUCUCAGGCAGCGGGUAGGAAUCUUAGAGGGACAGCUACAACGCCUCCAGAAUGCCUUCUCUCACUAUAAGAAAGCGGUGCUCUUCCCUGAUGGCCGGAGUGUUGGGGAGAAGAUCUUUAAGACGGCAGGCUCUGAGAAAACAUUUCAGGAUGCCCAGCAGAUCUGCACACAGGCUGGAGGACAGUUGCCCUCUCCACGUUCUGCAGCUGAGAAUGAGGCCCUGACUCAGCUGGCCACAGCCCAGAACAAGUCUGCUUUCCUAAGCAUGACCGACACCAGGAAGGAGGGUACUUUCAUCUACCCCACGGGGGAGCCCCUGGUCUAUUCCAACUGGGCCCCCCAGGAGCCCAACAAUGAUGGUGGCUCAGAGAACUGUGUGGAGAUCUUCCCCAAUGGCAAGUGGAAUGACAAGCUCUGUGGUGAGCAGCGCCUCGUGAUCUGCGAGUUCUGAGCUCCUCCCACGCACACACACAGUGUGUGUGUUGGGUCGGGGGCAGUCCCCAGAGCUGCAUUUUUCCAGUGUUUCAAUAAAAUGGUGACACUCUGCUGGCCAGGGCUUCUCCACAGAGCCACAGGAUAAGGCCAGAGUCAGGGCUCCUAUGGAAUACAUCCCUCAGAAUAAAGUUCGAAACUGGCUUCACACAA